AUGCCGAAGAUCUUCCUGAUCAAGAAGCGGCUGCACGAGCAGCAACUGGGGCUGCAGGAGGGGCAGGAGUUGCUCGCUAGUAAAGCUGACACGCUCUGCCCCGGCUCGCCUCUCGACGACGGACCUAUUGCUCUGUUGUCCAAGAAGGAUAAGGAUUGCAUCGAUCGUGAUGUAUUUGGAGAAAGCAAUGCAACAAGACUGACGCAAGAACGUCGGACGAAAGAACCAAGAAGAUUUAUAUCUUCAAUACUUGGUGGAGACAUACCGUACGGUAGUCACAGGGGCCACGUCCUUACACAAGCUGAAAGGAAGCAAUAUCUCCCAGUGGAAGAAAAGAAAGCAGAUGACAAACCCCUUAUUAAAGAGGAAAAAGAUCCAUUGGAAAGUGAGCCCGUGGUCUUACCAUCUAGAAAUUCACCAUCUCCAGAUUCAGUACCUUCGCCUGGUAUCGACAACAAUGUAACAUGCCAAAAAGUAUCAGUAAUUCAACGAACACCAUCACAAUCUCAAUUUCGCGAUGGCAAGAAGGAUUUGUUAGAUGUCAGUAUCCCACCAACACUGCCAACACCGGAACCUGAACAAGACCAGCCAAUAGACUACGCGCUAACAAAAAAACGAGGUGAAUCUGAAGACGAGGAAACAGAAAAGAAGAUCAGGGAACAGAGAAGGACAAGCAGCUCAAAAAUUGCUAACGGUAUCUUGGCUAGACCUGUAUUGGUCCUGCGCAACUGUCCGGGCAAUAAGGUACCUGGAAUAAUAAGCGCUGCUGCAGGUCAUGGUAGAUCCACUGGUGGAAAUGGAUCGAAUUCAAACUCGCAAAGCAGUGGGGGUUCAGGAAGUUUCAACUCAGGCGCAGGCAGUACUGCCCCAAGUUCGGGUGGAGGUGGAGCUCUUGGUGGUGGAUCGGGAAGCGGUGGCAAUGGUCGAGAUGGACGCUCGAAUUACGGCCCUAAUAGUCCGCCCACGGGAAGUCUUCCACCUUUCUAUGAAACUCUCGGACCAUCCACAAAGAGUGGCCAAAACUCUUUCAAUGCCAAUAGUUCCUUCUCUAAUGAGUUUAACAUGAUGAAUGGAUUCAAUAUGGAUUGCGAAAAUAACGAGAAUGCUACAAAUUUCCCAGAACAGGGUAAACAGUAUUCACUAAUGCAGAAUGCUCAUUAUGGUCUAGCUUUAAAAGAUGAAGAAAUUGAUUAUGAAAAUAAAUUGGAAAAUUUAGGUGCAAUUGGCAAUUAUGGUAGUAAUUUUGACGUAUCAAUGGUAGUCGAUAUGGGUGAAGAUGUAAUAGACAAUAUCCAAUUUUCAACUACACUGUCAUUUGCUGGAUCCAACGAAGGAAUUUUAGGAAAUCUAUCAGACUCCACUGAGGAUUUUGCAAAUUUAUUGAACAAUCACGUCGAGUCUAUCACUGAUUCUGAGAUUAGAGAAUCAUCCUCAAUAACCCCAGAUUCUGUACACAAUCCUGUUGAUAUCGAGUCAUUGGCGGAACAAGUUAACCUAAGUAGACAAUAUUACGAGAAAGCCAAUUAUCUGGCGUUCGCGAGCCAAGAACAAAACGCAUCUUACAAUUUCGCUAAGGACCGCCCAGAUCUGCUAAUGCACUUGAAUCCGGCUCUACUGCAGCACAAUGAAGGCCAAAUGCAACAGCUACAAAUCCAUGUACAACUGCAGCAGAGACAGCAAAUAUUGUCCCCUGGAUUUCCUUUCGCUAGUCAUUCCUUGGAGCUCGACUCGCCGACUGGUGUGUCGUUACCUUCACCCGGAGGGAACAACUCAUUAGACGGGAACAGCCACAUCGAAAAUUCAUCACUCAGCCCCGCUGCCGCAUUGGGUCUCCCGGCAGAGCUCCCGUUGGAAUUCAUCAACGGCGGUCACGGCGUGAAGAACCCGUUGGCCACCGAAGCAAACGCAAGGCAAAGAGAAGAAGAGAAGAACAAACAAGUAUUAGUCAGCGAAGACGACCCCACAAAGUUCAUCUGCAGGGUUUGCUCGAAAAACUUUAGUUUACAGAGGCUGCUGAACCGGCACAUGAAAUGCCACUCGGAUGUGAAGCGGUACUUGUGCACCUUCUGCGGCAAAGGCUUUAACGACACGUUCGAUCUCAAACGGCACACGAGGACUCACACUGGAGUGCGACCGUACAAAUGUAACCUCUGUGAAAAAUCAUUCACGCAAAGAUGUUCGCUGGAAUCUCACUGCUUGAAAGUGCACGGUGUCCAACACACCUACGCGUAUAAGGAACGAAGGACAAAGAUGUACGUGUGUGAAGAAUGCGGACACACCACAUCCGAGCCGGAAGAACACUACAUGCACCUAAAGAAGCAGCAUCCUUACUCGCCAGCCUUACUGAAAUUCUACGACAAGCGACACUUCAAGUUCACAAACGCAUCAUUCGCCAAUCAAUUAUUGGGACAGCUGCCAAUGCCGGUCCACAAU